AUGGUCGCGCUCGUGACGGACGGGCUCAAGACCUCCGCCAGGCCCCUCGCGGGCGACGGCAAGCGCUCGGAGCCGGGGACCCGGGAGACCGCCGCGGUGCAAAAGGCGGGCGACGACGACGCGGAGCCGAGGCUCGUGUGCUUCACCGGCGGCACCGCGUUCAACGGCGUGGUCCAGGAGCUCAUGACGCUGACGAGCAGGGUCACGCACGUCAUCCCGGUCUCCGACGACGGCGGAUCCACCGCGGAGAUCGUCCGCGUGCUCGGAGGACCCGCGGUCGGGGACCUCCGAUCGCGAUGCCUCCGCCUCUCGGACGAGUCAACCGCGGAGGCCAGGGCGGUGAAGGAGCUCCUCGCGCAUCGACUCCACGCCACCGACUCCAAGCUCGCCAAGGAGGAGUGGUACGCCAUCCAGGAGGGCGACCACGACCUGUGGAACGGCAUCUCCGAGCCCUACGCGGACAUAAUCCGAUCCUUCCUCAUCUACUUCCACACGCAGAUCGUCGCGUCGAAGAACCCCAUCAAGUUCGACUUUGUCAACGGGUCCGUCGGGAACUUCUUCUUCGCGGGGGCUCGCAUGUUCUUCAAGUCCAUGGAGGCGGCCAUCUUGCUCUACAGCAGGGUGUCCCGCAUACCCACCGAAUCCCUCGUGGUUCCCAACAUCGUGCUCGACGAUAACGUUCGCGUCGCGCUCGGCGCCAAGCUCGAAGACGGGACCACCAUCCGGGGCCAGAACGAGAUCUCCCACCCGAGCGCGGAUCCCAAGCGGUUCGAGAAGGCCACAACCGGCUACGACUCUCUGCCCUCGCCGAUCAAGCGGGUGUUCUAUCUGUCCACCGAGGAUCCGACUUCCGUGUCGCCGGUGUACCCCAAGGUGAAUCCCACGAUCCUGCGGCAGCUAGACGACUGCGAAGGCGUCGUGUACGGCAUGGGAAGCCUGUACACGUCCAUCGUCCCGAGUCUCAUCCUGGAGGGCGUCGGCGAGGCCAUUGCCAAGCGAGCGGGGCCGAAGGUUCUCAUCCUCAACGGCGGGCAGGACAGGGAGACCGGGGACAUGUCCGCGGCUGGAGUGGUCAAGGCUGUGGUGGACGCGCUGAACCGCGCGGAGGACCCGGACCCGUCCCGACGAUGCGAUUUUGCCGUCAGCGACUACAUCACCGACGUCGUGGCGCCCGCUGACGGGGGGAUUCCUCUGGACAUCGAGGAGCUCGAGGCGCUGGGCGUGAAGAAUGUGAUCCAGGUGGACGCGAGGCGACAGGAUAUUCACGGCGCGGAAUACGACGUGCCGGCGCUCAUCGAUGCCCUGAGGCAGUGCGUGACGGUGUGA